GAAUGUACACCUUGGUACUUGUUUUAUUAUCCUUUACGGCUUUAUUGGCUGCAUCGCCUGGAUCUCAGCGCAUCAUUGGCGGGCAGGAUGUGCAGAUUGAAAAGGUGCCCUGGCAAGUGUCCUUACAAGUCGACGGCCAGCACUUCUGUGGUGGUUCAAUCUACAAUGAAUCCUUCAUCGUAACGGCUGCCCACUGUGUUGAUAAGUAUCCUGCAGAAAAUCUAGCGAUUCGCGCAGGAUCCUCUUAUAAAAAUAAUGGCGGUGUCCUGGUUCAAGUGGCAGCAACCAAAUUUCAUGAAAAGUACAACAAAAGACGUGGAGAAAAUGAUGUUGCCGUAAUCCGAUUGGCGAAUCCACUGCCCAUAGGAGAUAACAUCCAACCCAUAACACUGGCCGAAGAAGAACCAGCUGAAGGAUCUCCGGCUUUAUCCACCGGAUGGGGAGCCACCCGCAUUGGAAUUUUUGGAGGGCGUUAUCCUGACAAGCUUCAGGGCGUCAAUAUUAAGAUCGAGAAUAGACAGAAAUGCAAAUGGACUUCUCUCUGGAGCAUGCUGGACGAUGACCUUUGCGCCGGAGUCGUUGGUCACGCCCAUUGCUUUGGCGACUCUGGUGGACCACUGGUGGUGGAAAAAACGCUUGUGGGGAUCUCUUCAAGAACUGGCAACGCCUUUUGCCUGAGCCCAGGAUAUUAUGUCAGUGUUGCCAAGUUUCGUCCUUGGAUUUUGAAGGCUUUUAUUGAAGUUUAGUUUCAGAGAUAAACAGAGAAAAAUGUAUAAUUUCCGGCACACUUUUCAAUUAAUCAUAUCUGCUCAAAGGAAUUCAAAGCUAAACAAAAAUUCUUCAAUUCCAUCAUUACUGCUACUCAUUGCGUUUAUAAACUCAAACCUAAGGAUGUGACAGUUUAUGCAGGAUCUGCAACACAAAAUGGCGAUCCGCUUAAAAGGGCAAAAAAAUUCUCUAUAGGUCAAUUAAUUAUUUUUUCCAGCUUUCAAAUAUUUUUGAAGCUCCUUCAUUAGUAUGGCAUUUUAAUUUUGUAGUCUGUAAAAAUAGCGCUUCUUUGGAAUUUGAAAAUAAAAAAAUAUUUGGAAAAAGCUA